AUAGGGUCUUUUAAGAGACUCCUGGAUGGCUACAUGGAGCUUAGAAAAAUAGAGGGCUAUGUGUAAAGCCUAGGUAGUUCUAAGGUAGGGACAUGUUUGGCACAGCUUUGUGGGCUGAAGGGCCUGUAUUGUGCUGUAGGGUUUCUGUGUUUCUAUAGAAUAAAAGGACGUCAGCUAGAACAAAGGAGGAAGAUUUUCUGAGCUCUGGUCAAAAGACAUGUAAUGUUGGGUAAGUAAUAUUCAGGCUGAACCAAAUGUGAAAGCACUCCUUUAGAAUAUGACUGACAGAAGAAAUAUUUCUUCCCAUCAUUCCAAAUAAUACUGGUUAUUUAGCCCGUUCUUUUGACUUUGCAAGUAUAGUGCAUCUGCAACCUUUUCUAUUGACUCUGUAGUUUUAGGAGUGGUGAAAGUGUUUUCAUAAUGGAGUGGGAGGCUGAUUGGAUCAAAACAUAUUUCUAUUCUGUUUGUGGGUGAAAAAUUAUAUUAGGGCUGCAUUUUGAAGCCUACGUGCUGACAUUCAUUUUUAAUUUGUAUUUAUUUUACUUACAGAUACUGCAUGGUAACAGGCCCUCCCAGUGCAACAAGCCCAAUCCACUUACUUCCAUACAUCUGAACAAUUAACCAACUAAUCCAUAUGUCUUUGCAUCAUGGAAGGAAACUGGAGCACCCGGAGGAAACCCACGUGUUCACGGGAAUAACGUACAGGAAUUGAACAUGGUCCACAGGCACUGUAAAUCCUUAUGCUAACCACACUAUGGUGUCGUCCAUUUGGUAUUUUUGAUCCUCCUCACUAGUAAUUAUUAAGGAAAGUGCUAUAACAUGCAGACCAUCCCUCACAGGGUUUCAUGGGAGAAUCUGUCUCUUUUCAACUGUAAAACGCCUAAACAUCCAUUGGACCAAGAUAGCACCAGCGACAAACAGCGACGUUUUGCAGACAGUUCACAAAACUACUAGAUACUCUUUUUCUAGGUAUACUUUUUGUGAACUGUGAUGGAUUGCAGCCUGUAAUUUCCUUUUAAGGACGUAUUUCUGAGCUGACUAAACGACCUGGCGCUUUUGUGAUCUCCAGGGGAAUUCAGUGAAGGUGAGAGUGGAGCAUGCAGCUAUAGCUGGGGGUGGCUGCGUCAAUUCCCGAUGGCCGAACACGAACCCACAGUCAGCAUCAUUACUCCGUGCUGAUUAAAGCGUUGAGCGAGAUUUAAAUCACCCAGGAUGAGAACGGAAAAUGAGCAGGCGUUCGGCGCCGUCUGCCUGCCUUUGAUCGGUCUCCCUCUCUUCUUGCUGCUGCUGUCAUGUGGGAGACACAGGAGCCUUGCACCAUCAGGCUCCUAGACGGGCCUCACUCGCCUCCGUGAUGAAUGGGCUCUGCAGCUGUGGACUCUGCAGUUCACACUCCAUGUUUUGUUUACCUUUAUUUUUUACUAUUUGCGUGAUUUGAUCAAGAGGCUUCAGCACUGAACUGAUUCUGCAGCUGUGACCUGCAACCAUUGCCACUCACCUAGGACCGAAGUGGUUCUGUGGCUAUGGCCUGCAGCCAUCAGGCUCUUGGACCAGCUUCACUCGGCUCAGCACUGAACUGCUCCCUACUACUUUCAGUGACCACGGCAUAUCUUCUGUGUUUUUUUUUUACUUUCGGCCCGAAACGUCGACUGUACUGUUUUCCAUAGACGCUGCCUGGCCUGCUGAGUUCCUGCAGCAUUUUGUGUCUGUGGCUUGUAUACUGUAUACAUACUUGGAACUUUGAUGAAAAUGAUAAUAAAGUUGCAUCUUUGCAGAUUGAAGAGCAGAAAGCCCAUAUGUUUAUAUAGAUAUUUCAAAGUGAGACUCGAACAACCAUUACGCAAAAUAACAUUUCUCUGAAUUUCUCACUACCUAUCCAUUCAAAGAAAUAAAAAAUAUUGCAUUUAAAAAAUGGAAGAAUGCCAUCAAAAAUGAACGAGUGCAUUACACUGUGUAUAACCAGUUAUACUGAUAUCCCAAUCUGAACAACCAUUAUUCAUUUCAUUGAAUUUCACACCACCUAUCCCCUGAAUGAAAUAAAAAUUUAUUACAUUUAAUCAAAUAUGUAAUGAUGAAUGCCAUUAAAAAUGAACAGGAGAGCAUUACACUGACAAGUUUGUAUUUAACUUAUACAACAGUCUUUCAACAGCGGAGGUGAUACAUAAAGCAGGAAACUGGGUGUACAAUAAGUUAGUUGGAAAACAAUUCCAGACUCUCUGAAAGAAGCUGCCAAUAAGUUCUUGUUAAUGACCAAUCAUUUUAGAGCCAUUGUCUGGUGACUGAAGUGAUUCCUUUUUAAAUAAACUACUGCCAGAAUCACAUUCUGUGAUUCCAUCGAUUUAUUCCAUUUAAACUGUAACACAAUCAUCUUAAACAGAAUGAAACUUAACAUUCUCAUGGCAUCAAAAAACAGAACUACAUUUUUCAGUAUUGCAUUAACAAUAGAUAUGAAACAUCCUGGCUGCCUGCCACUCAUCCAACGCUACUGAAAUAAUAAAUUUAAUUUGUGUCACACAAGAUAUGGGGAGGUGUCUUAGAAAUGAGGUCAUAUUGUCAAUAACACGUAAUGUAGAUUAAACUCAGAACAGGGCACAGUGCUUACUCCAAAGAUCCCUGCGUCUUUUCGAAGUGGGUAUAAAUAGCUCAUUUGUAAGCAACUGUCUAGGACUCAACAUCAGCAUCAAGAGCACUUGAGCAGCAAACAUCUUCUUGGAAGGAACUGCUUUGAGGGAAAACAACAAUUGUUCAAUUAUCUUCCUUACAGGACAACAAUGGCAUAUACCAAGUUAACCAGAUGCUUCUUGGCUCUUCUAUCCGUCCUGUCAUCAGCCGCAGCCACCUGCCCUUUAGAGUGUUGGUGCUCACAGAAUGAAAGGCACAUAGAUUGCUCAGCCAGAAACUUAACAGCACUUCCCAACGACAUCCAGAUCAACAUAAUAUCUCUAAAUUUAUCCCAUAAUGUCAUUGAAGACCUUGAUAACAAGCUGACCGUUUUCAAUAACUUGAGGUUCCUUGACAUAUCCAACAAUGUGCUCAGAAACAUGCCGAGGAAGUUGCCACUGGCACUGUGGGAACUUGAUGCAUCAAAUAAUCAUAUCAAAAUACUUCAGAAGGAAGACACCGUCUCCCAGUGGAACCUUAUAAAACUGGAUGUGUCCAACAACUUGAUUGAAAGGGCUUUUUUAAUUAACAACACAUUGAUUAAUCUGAAAUUCCUCAACUUCAGUGGAAACAAGUUCUGGACAGUCCCAACCAACAUGCCCUACAACUUGACCACUUUAGACUUAUCAUACAACAACCUGCACAAUAUUCUUCCAGAUACCUUUCAUCACAACAAACUCUCAAAAUUAUACUUGAACAACAAUAGCUUACAACUGAUUCCAAGUGGUACUUUCGAUCAACUGACUGGUUUGCAGUUGAUUACUCUAUAUGGAAAUAUCUGGGAAUGCAAAGACAAACAGAGUACGUACCUGUUGACAUGGUUGCAAACUGUACCAACUGUGCUUGGAUGUCCAUGCUCUGAAGAAAAUGAACAUAGGCAAAGAGGAUGUGGCUCAAGGAUAAAUACACAAGCAACUGUUAGCUCAACCUUCACAACCUAUCAGUCUCAUGUUGAAACAGUGACAAGUACCAGACACAAAGAGUCUGAAGGAAGUACACCGUACUCUGUAGCAAAUCAGAAAAUUGAUAUUUCAUCAUUUUUACAUUCAGUUUCUUAUAGCAGUUUACAUUCAACAGCUUCAAGCUUCACUAAUGAACCUGCCUCACUUAAACUUACUGAGAAUAUCACCACGCAAACGGCCAGUGCUGAAAGUCCAAGCGAAUUGGUUAGUAUUACUGAUGGUCCAACAGAAUGGCCUGCAUCAACUACAAUGCCCAUCACAGCUUCUGAAUUCACCUCCAGCAGUGCUGUUCUAAUCGGGUCCUCUCCAGCUUUAACCACUUCAAGUACAACCUUCUACAACCAGACUAGUAGACUAAUACCACUGGCAACUUUUGCCUCAACAUCCGGUGUGCGUCACAGAUCACCGGCUUCUGCUGAAAUCUCAACAGUGCCUGAUCCAACUGCUGACAAUGCAACCAUCUCUCAGAGUACUGUAGGAAGUACCUCAAGUCCACUUCAGGUUGGCUCCUCCAGUCUGACCACGAGGCCAAAGGUCAAUGAAAUCACUGGAACAUUAAGCACUGUAAACCAAAUUGUGACUACACAAAUCCCAACCUCAAAAGCACACAAAUAUAUGGGCAUAACCUGCUUCAUGUUUCUGACCAUGCUGGUACCUCUGGUUGUUUAGUCUUUUAAAUAUGGGAAACAACCAUUGCUGAUGAUGCCAACAAUAUAUUCGAUCAAUGAGACAGAUCAUUUUAAAGUAAUUUAUUAAGGGACUAAAAUAGUGAAUGCCUCCCAAGAUGGCUCUUACGGGUUACAACGAUCAAGUCUAAUCUUGAAUCAGUUAUGCCUUAGCCCUGUUCAGGUUGGUCCUUUGUCCUUUGACCAGAAGAGAGAAGAAUAAAACAACUUUCACUGUGGACUCUCUUUUCCCUAACAGCUGCUGCUGCUGAGAGUGCAAAAGUGAAUGUUUAGUUUGGACGGGAUCAUGUUCUGACAUGAGCGUGGACUGGGCCGCACACCUGAGGAAUAGGCACCUGGAGAUGUUCUGAAGACAGAACAGCAGGGCACCCCAAUAAGAGAAAAGGGAACAGCCAAAAGACAAAACUUUGCUACAAGACAACGCACCAGCAAAUUAGAGAAAAUAUCCUGAUCACCAAGUGUUUGAAGAACUAACUGAAUGCCUUCUGCAUUCAAUAAUGUUAUUUUCCUCCAACAAAAAAAAUCUAUUAAUUGUGAUAUAUAUUCCAAAUCCUAACGGUUUCUGUCAAAUUAAACUCUUGAAAAUAGUUCAAUAAUUUUACUACUGAAACAGUUUUGGUCCACCUGAAAUGUUUAACAGGAUUCUGUUUGUAUUAUGCAAUUUUUACUCUUUUGAUUUCCCCUGAUCUAGGUGGAUGCAUGCAACUGCUAAAUUAUUUCGUUAAUACAAAUUAAUUGCAAUGUAAUUCACUUAAAACACAAAUAAAAUGUUUAAUCUUGAAAAGGCCCGUUGAAUAAAUGAAUUAAAAUAUAUACUAUUUGCAUGCUACAUAUAUGGAACUGGGACUUGGAAUGUCAGUCACUUCUCAAAUGAAAUGAGAUUUUUCUCUUCCAAAAGGGUUAUAAAUCUUUGCAAUUCUCUACCCAAAGAUCUGUGUAUGUUCAGCCCUAGAGCAUUUCGAGGAUCAGAUUGCCUGAUUUAUGGAUAUUUGGGGAAAUCAAGGAUGUGGAGCUUGAGCAGGAAAGUGGAGAUGCAAGUUCAGCCAUGAUCUCUGCGAGGGUCAAGUGACUAAAUGGUCAGCACACACUUAGGGUUGUACUACGUUCUUCAACCAACUUCCCUACAAGCUCUAAGGGAAACUACUUUAGUCCAAGUUGCUAUCAGCGUAAUUAAGAGCUUAGUUGAAACACACAAAAUGUUGCCACUAACUGUUUCAACAAAGUCUUUGGUUCAUCUACUCCGAUGCUGAAUAAAACUCAUCUAUGGUAAUCAUAAAUGUUUAACUAGAAUGCAGCAAGUACCUUUACUUAGGAGUCAUAGUGUUAUACAGAAUAGAAGCAGGCCCUCCAGCCCACAUAGGCAUCUCAGUUGGCGUAGUGUAUCUACACUAAUCCUCCUUUCCAACAUUUGGCCAAUGGCCCUCUAUUCCUUUUCUAUCCAUGUGCCUGUCCAAAUCCUUUAGAAAUGCUGUAGUUGUACCUAACUCCAUCACUUCCUCCAGCAACUUGUUCCGUAGACCCACUACCAUCUGUGUGCAUAAACUUGUGCCUCAGAUCCCCUUUAAAUAUUUCCUCUCUCACCUUAAGCAUAUUGUAUGUCCUUUAGUUUCAGGAUCUGCUGCCCUGGGGGAUAAAAGACUAUGACCAUCUAUCCCUGUCUGACGUAGGAAUGAUACUGCUUGGAUAAAGUAUGCCUCAACAGAGCUGGGGGAAAGUUUGCUUGUGUGCUGGGACAGGUUUAAGCUUAUCUGGUAGGGUUUUGGCCAGAAGUGGGUAGCAUUUAAAAUGGGGAAAAAUGCAGAUAAAAUUGAACGAGAUACAUAAUGCCAGUGGCACAGUAGUGUAGCAGUUAGUGUAAUGCUUUACAGCGCUAGCUGUAAGAUCAGGGUUCUAUUCCCAUUGCUCUAUGUAAGGAGUUUGUAUAUUCUCUCCGUGACUGCGUGGGUUUCCUCCGGGUGCUCCGGUUUCCUCCCAUACUCUUUGAGAUCUACAGGUUAGGGUUAGUAGGUUGUGGGCAUGCUACAUUGGCACUGGAAUCAUGGCGACACUGUGGGCUGCCUCCACACAUUCUCGGAUUAUGUCGGUCAUUGAUGCAAACAAUGCAUAUCACUGUAUAUUUCGAUGUACGCGACAAAUAAAGCUAAGCUUUAAUUAUCUUUUCUUUAAAAUAAUACACUUUUUCCACUUUAGAGAAUAACAGGUAGUCUAAGAUUUGUUUACAUUUAAUACAUGUGUAUUAAACAAGGGUGGUGGGCUGCAAUUGCAACUUGUCAUAAGGAAUUACAAUUUCAGGCAAUAAAAGACCGAGCUAGCCAGUACCGGAGUGGGUUCUAAAUAUUCCUGGACACAAAAUAAUCAGGAAAGAAUAGGAAAGGAAGAACAGAAGGGCACUGGAAAUAUUAACUGAGGAAAAGUUUACAAUGCUGGACAGACAGGAUAUCCUGGAAAAGUCAAGUUUAGAAAGUGUGCUACCAGUUACUCCAAUGGGAUUAUUUGAAAGGCUGCCAAUUAGUGAGAAGGAUAUUAUAGAGCUCUCUUGGAGGGAAGUUACACAGGACUGCAAAAGUCACAGAGCACUGAUAAUGGAGACAAACUAUCCAAAAGUUGGUGGGGUAGCACAGUAAGAGGGAUGUUUCUGAAUGGCACAAGGAAAGGAGCAUUGUUAAGAGCUAAUCCUAAGGAAUGAGCCAGGCCAAGUGAUCCUAGUAUUAACAGGGAAGCAUCUGGAAAACAGCAAUCAGAAGGGUUAAAAUAGUUAAGAGAAGAUAGCCCGUUGGAUAAGAGUCAUUUACAGUUCAAUGGGCUGGCUCACUCCUCCAGUGACCUAGGAUCAAUGCAGAUAUCCAGCACGGUUUGUGUGGAAUUUGCAUGUUCUCUCUGUGACUAUGUGAGUCUUCCCUCAAAAGUGUACUUUUUGGUUAAUUGGCUACUGUAAAUUGCCCGCAGUAUGUUGAUGAAUGUUAAAAUAGGGAGGGGGACAGUUGGUUUGGAGAGUCAUAGAACACUACAGAGGCCCUUCAGCCCAUCUAGUUCAUGCUGAUCUAUUAUCCUGCCUAGUCCCAUCAACCUGCACCUGGACCAUAGCUCUCCACACCCCUCCUGUCCAUGUACUUAUACAAAUUUCCCUUAAAUGUUGAAAUCGAACCCACCUCCGCUGUUUUCACUGGAAGCGUGUUCCACAUUCGCACUGCACUCCGCGUUGAUGAGAAUGUCGGGUGAGUAAAAUGGGAAGAAACAUACAUGGGCGCUUACUGGUUGACACAGACUCAGUGGAUCAAAGGAAUUGCUUCUGUGCUGUUUGACUGUGGGUGAAUUGGCACUAUGGAUUCCCUGGCAUUAGUGUAGCUGAAUGCUGGGAAGCUUUUCAAAUUGAGAAGGGCAAGGAAAGUGAACACAUAGCUUCCAUGGGUGAUAAAAAAAAAGAUAUAUAGCAAAAAAAAUUCUGAGAAAAGCGUACACAUCAGACACCACAUUGUUAACACCAAGUGAGAAGCAGGCCAGCCGAAGCAAGUUCACAGGGGAAAUGAGAAAGGAAACAAAAGGCUGCAACUAAAGUUAUAUAAAAGGUUAAUCCAAAAAUAUUCUACAGGCACAAGCAAAUAGCAACAGGGUUGCAAGGGUGUGAGACCAAUCACAGAACCGGCUGAGGUAUUAAUAAGCACUUCACAUCAGUGUUCACCAGGAUGUUGCAACUGUAAUCUCAACAAGGCUAGAACCAAUCGAAAUACGAGGCAAGUUGAAAAAUAAUACAGGAAGCAAGGUAAAUACUAAUUGCUCUUAAAGCCAACUAAUCACCUUUUUCAGAUGCAGAGUAUCCCGGGUUGCAGAGAUGGAAAAUGACAGGAGGGAUGGCGUAGGAAUGAACUUGUCUGAUCAAUUUGACCUCAGUGCUAAGAGAAGUGCCACAUAAUUAAGGUCAGAAUUAGCAAACGUUUGGGCAAGUCUGGAUUGAUUACAGGAAGGAAGUAUGGAUUUGUUAAAGGCAAGUUGUUAACAACAUCUUCAUGGAGCACUGCCACAAGAAAGCAGCAUCCCUCUUUGAGGGACACCACCUUCCAGACCAUUCUCCCUUCUAACUGCUGCCAUUGGGAAGGAGGUGCAGGAGCCUUAUGUCCCCCACCACCGGGUUCAAGAACAAUUAUUACCCUUCAACCAUGAGGUUCCUGAAUCAGUGUAGAUAAUUUCACUCACCACAACUCCAAACUGAUUCCACAACCUAUGGACUCACUUCCAAGGACUCUACAAUUCGUGUUCUCAGUAUUACUUAUUUACAUCUAUUUUUCUAUUGGCACAGUUUGUCUUCUUUUGCAGAUCGGUUGCUUGUCAGUCUUAAUGUGCUGAUUCUCAUUGAUUCUAUUGUAUUUCUUUGCUCUACUGCAAGAAAAUGAAUCUCAAGAUGGUGGCAUUGACAUAUUUUGACAAUAAAUUAUCUUUGAACUUCGAACUUUGAAUUACAUUAAACCAACAACAGAAUUUUUGGAAUAAUAGGUUGUACAGAAAUGAAUAAAAAUUUGAAGAAGUAACAGGAAAAUGGGAGUACAAGUUAAAAGUUGUUUUACAGGGUGGAAGGAAAUGGACAAUGGAAUCUUCUCAACAGUCGGAACCAGAACCACUUCUUAAAAUACAUUAAUGAUUUGGAUGAAUAGACAGGUCACAAUUUCUACAUUUGCAGGUGACAAAACUUGACCUGGUGAACUCUGAGGGACAGUAAUAGAUUUCAAGGCAGAUAUGUUGGUGGAAUAGGUGGACAGAUGGCAAAUGAUAUGUCAUGCAGAGAGGUAUGAGGUAUUAUAUUUUGAUCCGACGAUUGAGAAGAGACAACAUAACCUGAGGCACAUUUCUGAAUGGAGUACAAGAAUUAAGAGAUCUAGGGCUAUAUACAAAUACUUUGUUUCAAAAUGGCAGGAAGGAUUAGCAUACUGAGUACAGUACCCAGAGCUUCACUGAAGACUUGAAAAUAAGAGCAGAGAAAUAAUGAUGCACUUUUAUAAAACCCUAGUUUGUCCACAACUGGAUCAUUGAGCCCAAUUCUGGGUGUGACACUUUAGGAAAAAUUUGAAGGUUCUGGAGAGAUUGCAGUAAAGAUUUACCAGUUGAUUCUAUGGAUGAUGAACUUCGUUUCUAUGUAUAUCUGGGAUGUUCUCCUUUGAAGAAAACAAUGAAAAUCUAAUAGAGUUAUUGAAAAAAUAUGAGGUGUAGAGAUUUUUUUAAAUUGCUCUGCGAAAAUAGUGAAUACUGCAUCGAUUUUAGAAGAAACUGCACCUAUUUUAGAAGGACAAAACCUUGGGGGUGACAGAAGGAAAAUGAUCAGUAAAAGAACUAAAAGUGAUGCGGGGAUUUUUUUUUAUGCAACAAGUGAUUAAGAUCUGGAAUGCUAUACCGGGGUGAUAGUGGAGAAAGAUUCAUCAGGGAGUUAGGUAAG